AUGACCUAUCCUAAGUACAGUAUAGGGAUCCACAAAGGGAGAGCACAGGGCCAGGGAUCCACAAAGGGAGAGCACAGGGCCAGGGAUCCACACAGGGAGAGCACAGGGCCAGGGACUCACAAAGGGAGAGCACAGGGCCAGGGACUCACAAAGGGAGAGCACAGGGCCAGGGAUCCACAAAGGGAGAGCACAGGGCCAGGGAUCCACAAAGGGAGAGCACAGGGCCAGGGAUCCACACAGGGAGAGCACAGGGCCAGGGACUCACAAAGGGAGAGCACAGGGCCAGGGACUCACAAAGGGAGAGCACAGGGCCAGGGACUCACAAAGGGAGAGCACAGGGCCAGGGAUCCACAAAGGGAGAGCACAGGGCCAGGGAUCCACAAAGGGAGAGCACAGGGCCAGGGAUCCACACAGGGAGAGCACAGGGCCAGGGAUCCACACAGGGAGAGCACAGGGCCAGGGAUCCACACAGGGAGAGCACAGGGCCAGGGAUCCACACAGGGAGAGCACAGGGCCAGGGACUCACAAAGGGAGAGCACAGGGCCAGGGACUCACAAAGGGAGAGCACAGGGCCAGGGAUCCACAAAGGGAGAGCACAGGGCCAGGGACUCACAAAGGGAGAGCACAGGGCCAGGGAUCCACAAAGGGAGAGCACAGGGCCAGGGAUCCACAAAGGGUAAUGCACAGGGCCAGGGAUCCACUAAGGGAGAGCACAGGGCCAGGGAUCCACACAGGGAGAGCACAGGGCCAGGGAUCCACAAAGGGAGAGCACAGGGCCAGGGAUUCACACAGCGAGAGCAUAGGGCCAGGGACUCACAAAGGGAGAGCACAGGGCCAGGGAUCCACUAA